GUGUUUCAGUUGGUUUCAGUGUUUAAACAUCCACGAUGCAGUGAACAACUCGGAUGAUUUAUCACCAAAAUUUUCAUAAUUUUCGUAGUUAAAUCGUUGGAUUUGUCUGUUUAUUUAUUAUCAUUAUGUUUGCAUUAGUUUCCCUUCUCCCACUCCUCCCACGGACUGAUUGAGUGAUAAUUAAUUGUUAAUUGAGUGAAAAGAGGGAUAAACUCAAGAGGAAGAGUGGUGGGGCCAGUCUGUUGGUGUCGUUGGUGUAUUCAUAAGUGGUGGCGAGAGAGAGCCCAAGAAAGGACUAAAAACCCCACAGAUACGACAAUAAAAUCCAUCAAUUUCAAAACCCACACCUCAUCCACAUAAUUGGAACUGUCAAAAUUGACCGUGUGGAAGUGUUAACUCAUCUCUAAACAAGUUGUCUGGUGCUGUUCAGUGCUGGUGUACCCUGUGAAGAUUCCGGGACGAUCCCCCGGAGACGAAAAAACGUCCAAGGAUCGACAAAAUAACAUUAUCCAUCCCCAACAUCCUCGGGAUUACCUCAGAUUUUAUCCGAACAAUAAUUAUCCAUAAUUCGAGUGCUGGAGUCGAUAUUCAGGACUGCCCUCGAGCUUUCGACAGGUCUGAACAUGAGUUCAGCAUCAACUGGUGGUACUGAGGGUUCAAGUCCAGCAUCUAGUCCCGCAUCAGCUGCUAGUCAAGCAAUGGCAGCUCCUAAAUACGGUACACUAGUUCCAAAUCGUAUAUUUGUGGGUGGAAUAUCAGCGAACACUAGUGAAGCUGAAUUGGCACAGCUGUUUUCAUCCUACGGGAACGUAAAGGCAACGAAAAUCAUCCUCGAUCGUGCUGGUGUAUCCAAAGGAUACGGAUUCGUCACAUUUGAGACAGAGGAAGAGGCUAAACGCCUUCAGCAGGAUCCCGAGGGAAUUAUUCUCCGAGAGAGAAAAUUGAAUAUCGCACCCGCCAUCAAAAAACAGACAUUCAAUCGGUCCUUCGACGGCGGCUCUGGCUCUCCACCUGCUGUCCCCACAAGCCCUUAUUAUUACCCCAAUGGAAUGGGAUUACCUUAUCAGAAUGGAUUGACUUUCUACAAUGCUGGUGCCCCAGCUCCAGGUACACCAUUGGCUCCACCAACAGAUCCAGCAGCUCUGUACCAAACAGCUGGAGUAUUUGGCCCUCAGGCAGCUUCUGCACAUCAGACAUUCGCACCGAUGGUAUACCCCUGCCCAGCGCCAUCCUUAUACAUGCCACCUCAGUAUCAGUAUCCCCCAAUGCCUUACGAGUCGUAUUAUCCUGGAGCAGCUGGUGCACCACCGUAUAUAUUCACAGCGAGUAGUGGAACAACUAAUGGAACAAGUGUUGGAGCAAGUGGUGCACAAAAUAGUCCAGUGACUGGUGCAACGAGUCCACAGGCUAAUCAUCACUUUUACCCAGGUACUGGACCACCAGGUGCUCCACCAAAUCAUCAUCCCCACCAUCAGACUGUUCCGAAUGGUCCAGCCGCGAAUCAUCAAGGAUUAGAUCCAAAUUACUAUAGUUUUCCUGGGCAUCAAUCACAGGGACAGGGUACACCAACGCAUGGAAAUAUUGGACUUGGGGAGCAACAGCUGGUGAUUUAUACGACUGAUUGCCAACAGCCUACGAAUUCCGAUGGCCAGGGAGCUACACAAGAGGAGACACGAUCGACGUCAAGCCACUCCCAAACCGACGUAUCCCAUCCCCAUCAGUCCCAAAUAACCUUGGACCAGUCCACACCCACAAAUCCCCCCACAACUCCGUUAAUGUCUCUGAUGCCCCUGAAGUAUCCCCUGACACCUCGAUACUCAAAUUAUCCCCAUGCCCUUCCUCUUCCCCUGACCCCUACACCACCACAGACGUAUCAGACAGACCCUGAAGACACAACAGGUGGUGCCAUGCAUUGUAGAACAUUCGUAUACCAUCCAGUCUUCAUUCAGACACCUUACAAUACCCCCAGCCUUUUACCAACACCCACAAAUUCACAGACAACACCCCAGAAGAGUCCCUACACUCAUCAACGAACUCCAAAUGGCUACUCCCUCUUCUCCAAUAUCCAUCAGGCCCAUUAUCCCAAGUCCCAGGUACCAAAAACUCCACAAAUACCUCGUAAAUCAACACCAACGUCCUACGUCGUCACCAGGGGCUUUGACAGAUCAACUGUCACGUCAACGACACCGAGACCGAGUGGUAAGAGUAGUGAUGUCAACAGUGGGCGUAGAAAUAUGAGAAAUGGUGGGAUUGGGUACAAAAGUGGAAUUUCCAAUGGUCCUGGAGACGAUGGCAAUGGGCCUGAUAAGAAUACUAGUCCACCACCAGCACCGUACUCACCAAUGACGAGACCUUUACCCAAUUUUUCACCAACGAAUCUGCAGAUGCAGUUCUACAAUGCUCAGGGACGUUAUCAAGCCCCAGGACAAUCCCCCAGUACUCAGUCACACGCCCCGAUGCCAGGCCAACAUCAACGAAGAUCAUUGCCACAGCAGAAUUCCAUUGAUGAAAAGAAACUUCAGGGGAGAUAUGGCCUCGGUGCCCAGGGCUACUUUAGAAGCAACAAAGUCAAGGUAAAUGGCAUCAACAAGACAUUGAAAGAGGGUAUCGGAGGUGCUGGUGAUGCGCAGGGUGCCAGGAUACAGAUGACAUCACCUCGAAAUACCCAGGAUAAUCAAAUGCCAGGGACGUGCCAUCAGAUGGAGGCCCUCACCCUCUAAAAUCAUCCAAAAAUCAUUUUUUUUUCCCCUUCGAAAUCUCAUUUUAUCAUGGAAAUUCACAAUUUCCAGUUAUUGUUGUCGAUAUUUUGAGGGGAUAUACGAUUUUUCACUCUCAAAAUAUACAAAAGAAAAUAAAAAAGAAUCAAAACUCCUAAACAAGGAGGCUCUUGAUUUUUUUUUUCGUUACCAUCACUAUUGAGAGUGGAAAAUACAUUUUCUGGGCCUACAUUUGUUUUACA